AUGAGACAUGUCACAAUCUAUAAUGACCUAACACGGUUGGAGACGAACCUGGCAAAUGAUCCACAGACGAGUGGCGAAAUAUCGGCAGCCUUACGUGCCAUGCAAAUCGUCCCGAAAGACGUCCCGUUACAUUUCAUAUGUGAAUCGAAGACUCUGAGAGUCGUACUGGUUGAUGAACUAGAAAGAUGGGAAGAUACGGACUGGAGAGGAAUAAGUAAUCGAGAUGCUUGGAAAGCACUAACAAACGCACUCAGACAACGCUGUGCGGUGACGACCUUCCGGAAAGCCAAGAGCAAAGCUGAGAAGCAACUGCUAGUAGAUGGUCGAUCAACAGCACGCCAACUAGCAAGACUGAAUACCUUUCUCACCGUAAUACCCCAAUCGGCGCAAUGCUUCGACCUGUCAGGCGUGAAAAUGAAAUGCCUCACACAACGCCUAGCGUAUAGGAUGAUAAGACUCCGAAAUCACACAGUAAGAGCAUCCACUGAACGAUCCUUAAGUUCGAUCAUACCUGAGAUCCAAGGACAGAAUGGGAAGGACGCAUCAGCGGAGGAACUGUGGAUCAGCCUCAAAUCCAAAGACAUACGUAAGACAAUAUCAGACUACAUGUGGAAGUGUGUACACAACGCACACAGAGUGGGAAGCUUCUGGGAGAACAUCCCAGGUCUUGAAGAUCGCGCCAAAUGCUCGUACUGCGGGGCGACAGAGUCAAUGAAACACAUAUUAAUUGACUGCCAAGCACCUGGACGAGACAUAGUAUGGGACCUAGCUGGGUCUCUAUGGAAGACCAAACAAGCAGAAUGGACACGCCCGAGUUAUGAAGAAAUUCUGGGAGUAGGCCUGCGAGAAUGGCGCACAACCAAGAACAAAAGAAGACCAUCAGCUGAGAGGCUCUGGAGAAUCCUAAUCUCGGAAUCGACCUACCUGAUCUGGUGCCUGAGAUGUGAAAGAGCGAUAGGACACGAACCAGACCCAGGAUGGACACACUCAGAGAAAGAAAUCGCCGCAAGAUGGACGACGUCACUGAACAGACGACUGCACUUAGAUAUGACGAUGACCCACCAUAGAUUCGGCAGACAAGCCUUGAAGAAAGAUCUGGUCCUUGGGACGUGGAGAGGUACCAUAUUCGACGAACUCGCUCUUCCGGACGACUGGACGAGAACAGAUAAGGUUUUAGUGGGUAUUGCGCCCUUCGUAAGCGACGCUAGAGGCGAAGGGUGA